AUGCGACUUUUACUUUUGCUGGUGUUGGUGUUUAGUCUCACUAUUGGUCAAUUGAAUGCACUUCCGCGUUUACGUCCCUACCCCGAGGAGAAGCAUAUUAUCCACGAAAUUGGCCUGGAGGAAAUCCAUUCGUGGUAUUUUUACAAUGAGGAUCACUUGACACUGUCCGAGCUCUGGGAAUACAUAUCCAAGGAACCAGAAAGCUUGAACCAGACAGUGGUUCAUUUAUCCAAGACCAACCAAACAUUGGUGCUUACAUCAACCGAUCCACCAGUUUUUCAUCAAGUUGACCUUGAAUUGAUUGGAAUCUUUGCAGGUGACGAUACCAAAGAUUUGGACAUACUUUUACCACAGAAUGAAACUGCUACUAUGCUCAUGAUGGAUGCAAAGAACUACCUAAUCCAACUGCCAACACCAAUUGGCGAGAAUGUGAUACUUGUAAGUCUUCUCAUGCAUUAUGGAGUUGAGGAUUUUUCACUUGACGACUUCACCAAUGGUACCAUUACACUUGAGAUUGGGUCAGAGGAUGAAUUUGACAUACAGGGUAAAAAGUUGUUAAAGUUGCUUUUACUUCCAAUCAAGUUGUUGAAGAAGUUACUUCUACUCAUCAAAUUUCUCAUUUGCUUACCAUUCAUGAUCAUUAAGAAGAUUAUUCUUCUUCCGUUUCUUUUAAUCAAAAAGAUAAUCAUGUUGCUUAAAAAGAAGGUUUUGAUUUCAAUAAAGAUGAAAAUUAUGGCUGUGGUGAUUAAGGGUAAGGAUGCAGCACUGGAUGUCACGGAAAAGACAGUUGACGUGACUGUCGUUGUUGUUGUACUGAUUAAGAAAGUAGUUAUUAAUGCUGCUGCAAAAAUUGACUAUGGUGUCAAAAAGGUAGCAACAAAAACAAAGAUGGCCAAGGACAUGGUUAUCGAUAAGGUUAUUAUGGAGAAGAUAAAGAUUAAUGAGAAGGUUGAUGAAAAGGUAGGUCAAGCAUUGAUGAAAGCAGAGAGUACAAAGAAAAAAAUCUUUGGAGGUGAGGAUUAA